AUGUUUCCCUCGCAGACUGGCAAUCUAGAUCUAGAUGCUCUGAGUGGUAUAUGCGGAUCGAUCUCUAUUGCCUGUUGGGUUGUUGUCUUUUCACCACAAAUCAUUGAGAACUUUCGCCGUGGCUCUGCCGAUGGCCUCUCCCUGCUCUUUCUUGUUGUGUGGCUGGCAGGAGAUGUUUUUAAUAUCCUUGGUGCCGUGCUGCAAGGCGUGCUACCUACCAUGAUCAUUCUUGCCGUGUACUAUACACUUGCAGACAUUGUUCUCCUUGGACAAUGCUUUUACUAUCGAGGAUUCACGUUGAGAGAUGAGCCAUCUGGUGCCUCCUCUCCCACGGAAGUAAUCACAGAUGAUGCGCUUCCUCAGCAGAGAAAGCCAACCGAGCGUACGUCUUUACUUUCAAAAGCAAAUGGCCAGUCCUAUCAGAACCAAGGCCAAGAUCGUUACAAUCAGAAUAGUCAGGAAGGGCCAGCGGCAUCGACAUCACAAACGCCACAAAUUUUGUCGCAUGCAGAUCACAGGAGACACUCUGCAACCUCCUUCCGCGAAAUUAUUCACCCAGCUGUCGAUGGAACACAUCUUUCCCCCGUGACGCCUUUUGUCGAGCCAACUUCGCAGAAGAAGCUCUCUGCUCGGCGCAUCUCCACUCUCCAGACGACCCUCUUCAAUUCCACCGCCAUUGCUCUUGUCUGCGCUGCCGGAGUGGUAGGCUGGUACGUGAGCCCCAGCUCAUCCAAGAACAAAGACCAGGCACCCCCCGGAGAUGACUCUGGUGCACCCCCUCUCGCCUUCGACACCCUCGGUCAGGUCUUUGGGUAUCUGUGCGCCAUUCUCUACCUUGGCUCUCGUCUACCCCAGAUUCUCCUGAAUUACCGGCGCAAGUCAACGGAAGGAGUCUCCUUGCUCUUCUUCCUCUUUGCGUGUAUCGGUAACCUGACCUACGUCCUCUCCAUCCUGGCUUUUUCCCCCGUCUGUGCGGGAGAUUCUCACCACUGUCGGCCUGGCGAAGCGACUGCUCUAUAUGGUCGGUACAUACUUGUGAAUCUGUCAUGGCUGAUAGGGAGCUUUGGAACCCUAUUGCUUGACAUGGGUAUCUUUGUUCAAUUUUUCCUCUACAAAGACAACGAGGACGAACUCAAUGACGUGGAUUGA